CGAGCAAUUGCAAGUAUCAUCACAAAAUGUCUCGCAAGGGAUACAUUGGAUUGGAGACUGAAUUGAGGCAGAGAAAAAUAUUCAGGGAGGAUGAGGAAGUUGAUAGGUCAUUCCUUUGGCGUAAGGCCCGCGAAGACAAAUCCGGAAACAUCACAAAUACAGAGACUGCUGAAGUUGCUGAAAAAAUUGACGAUUUGUUGGACAAAAAAAAGAGGGGAGAGUUCAUAUCUUCUGGAAGCAAUGACGUAUUAACUACUGCAUUAGGGAGCCAAGAACCUUACGGAAGGGUUAGAGGUGUAGGGGGAUUUGUGAAGCCCCAAGUCUACUUCAAAACUCCAAGGAAGAAGAGGGAGUUGGUGUCAAAGGCUUUGGCUGAAAACUUCAAAGAGUAA